AUGCAGCGUGCGAACUCCGGCGCUUCCGAAGGCUCGUUCUGGACGACGAUCGAGCUUUUGGCGGAUCGCGGCCGGAGGAGAUCUACCGGCGACUACGAUGACGGUGCAACGGCGUUAGAACUACCGCCGAGGACCGCAUCCGCCUCAAGGUCAUUCCUCUCGCAACGCCGCACCCGCACAGCUUGCUUGAAACCCCCUCACGCAUCGCCCGAACGCUUUGUAAUGAACCGUGUCCACCUA